AUGAAGGUCCUAUACGACGGCACGCUGAAACGCAACCUUGUAUUCUCAUACAACGCAAAGGCCUGUGAGAAGCGUCUGUGUCUCAACACGUCUGUGGGCACCCCGGCCGAUUGGUUUGUUACCGUUCCACAUGCUACGCUCAUGAAUGGGACUACGCCUGUGGCCAUGGCGUCACUGGAUGACUGUCUUAAGGCAGUGGGAGGAGUGCAGAUGCUUAUCCCACUCUGCGCUCAACUGGACCAGCCCAUCCGACCGAAACAGGGGCAAAGGUGUGGAUAUGCAUAA